ACACAACCUUGUCACGCCUCAACAGUUUGUUAAUUGGCCACCUACGCUCCCUCUCUCUCUCUGUCUGUCCACUGUACAUCUCCGUCGCCAUCCUGCAACCCCCAUCCUGUACCUCUCCUCCUCCUCCUCCCACCAGUGUCACUCUCCUACCCUCCUCCUCCUCCAUAGCUAGCUGCUAUAAAGGCCGGAGGUCUGUGUGCCAUUGAGAUCCCUCCUCCUCAAUCUCCACCCAUCUCUUUAGUUUCUUGAUUCGGCCAGUCCAUCCAGGUAGAGAGCCAGAGAUCAAUACAAUGGGGUUCCCCGCGGUGUACUCGGAGAUGCCCAGGCUGCUGCUCAACCUCCUCUUCCUGCUCGGCCACCUGCGCCGCCUCUCCUCAUGGCUGCUCCGCCUCGUCGGCGCCGGCGUCGACGACGACCUCAGCUUCGACUACUCCGACGCCUCCGACGCAGCCUACUUCGCCGACCACCACCACCACCAGCACCAACACGACCACGGCCACGGCCUGGAGGAGCUGGAGGAGCACUCUCCGGCCGUGCGCUUCGACGCGCUCUCCGCUGCUUCCGCCGGAGAUGACGGCACGCCGCUGCUGCCGGAGGGCUGCGCGGUGUGCCUCGGCGACUUCCACGGCGCCGCCCGGGUGCGCCGGCCGCGCGGGUGCCGGCACGUCUUCCACCGCGGGUGCCUCGACCGCUGGGCCGCCCACGGCCACCGCACCUGCCCGCUCUGCCGGGCGCCGCUGCUCCCUCCGCCGGCGACGGCGCCCGUCCUCCUGCCGCUCCCGGUCCCGCUCCCGGCGUCGUGAUUGGUUCACACAUCAUAGCAAGCUGAUGCAGGGUGCUGUUUGCAUAUAUGUUCGGCGACUAUUCUUGCGGGAUCCUGAGGAGAGGGUUCCGAAUUUGUCGCUCCCGGUUGGGUUUUUAUGCAAAAUCAAGCUCAACCGGGUAGAGCAGAGCACGGCAAGGGCAAAGGAGGCCCGCCCAUUGGUGGAGAGGAGUCGAAGUAUUUUCCGAUUGCCCCCUCGCUUGGAGAGGUUAUUACAAGCCGAUCCCCGUGGAAGGGGAUUGGUUCCUGGUUUGAGCUUUGGUUAUUAAUUUGGGUUUGGAGAGCAAAAUCCAUAAACCGAGACAGAAGAAGAGGAGGAUAUGUAUAUACAUCAGGUUUAGAUUAGUGGAGGUAAAUAGGGGUGUGAAAUCCGAAUAUAUGCAGGGGAAUUUGGGAAACGCUUUCUCUCUGCUCACUUUUUCUUUCAUUUUUAUUCUUGUCUUAGGAUUUGCUUUUUCUUUUUUCAAGCUGUAUUCUUGUCUUAAGAUUUUACCAGGACCACAUAUUUUUCAUCUUUAUACUACUAUACUCCUUCUCAAGGGGGAUGGAGAUACCACCUGUUUUUUUCUA